UUUGGUUAAAAAAAAAAAAAACAGGAGAGAAGCGGAGGAGCCAAGAGAACAAACAAAACCCAUUGGAUUAGAAAUGGGAAAAUUUGGGUUCUUUACAGCAAUGCAAUCAAGAAACACGAACAGUGUGAUUUUUUGUUGUUGAAGGGUUCUUCUUCAUCACUUACGAAAGAAACCAUAAAAUGGAUCCUAUUAAUAAGGCUAGAGAUCACUGGGCAUUUCUGGAAGAAAUCGAAGCACCAAUAUGGGUGGAUUUUUUGGUAGAAGCAAAGUCUAACUACCAAGAUGUAGAUGAUGAGUGGUUUAGAACUAGCCAUCCGUUCCACCAAUGUUCUUCUAGCCAGUUAAAAGCUGCGUCUGCUUAUUCUGGUGAGAAUAGUACAUCUUCAGAUUUUGAGUGUAGUGGGUCAUUUUCCCCGAAUAUCCCAUCCUCUGUCUCAAGAUCAAGGGGCAAACAUUAUGCAAGAAAGAAAUGGGGAGGAGGUGGUCACGAUAUUUCAAUGAAUAAGCAGCAUCCAGUUAAGGUGUUAAGUAAGUCUUCGAGGGUGAAUUCAGAACCCAAAGACAAAAUAAAACCCAAACUAAGCUUAGUAAAUUCUAAAGGAACUUCUAGGUCAAAAGCAAGUGUGGUUUCUGGGAAGAGCUUCACUCGAAAUGCUAAGGAAACUGAUUUAGAAGCCAAAUCUUGUCAAGGUGGUACAGAAAGUAGUCUGAAUUCUCUGGAGGUUAAGGCAGCUGAAAGCAAUACAAGGACUGUUACAUCUGAGAGAGAUCAUCAAGCAAAGCAAAGGAACCUAGAAGUAUCUUCGAGGGUGAAUUCAGAACCCAAUGACAAAAUAAAACCCAAACUAAGCUUAGUAAAUUCUGAAGGAACUUCUAGGUCAAAAGCAAGUGUGGUUUCUGGGAAGAGCUUCACUCGAAAUGCUAAGGAAACUGAUUUAGAAGCCAAAUCUUGUCAAGGUGGUACAGAAAGUAGUCUGAAUUCUCUGGAGGUUAAGGCAGCUGAAAGCAAUACAGGUACUGUUACAUCUAAGAGAGAUCAUCAAGCAAAGCAAAGGAACCUAGAAGUAUCAAGUCGAGGAUUUGAUCACGCAAGUGGGCUUUUGUCAGCUGUCAGGAAUGGUCUCAGGAAAAGCUUUGUUACAAGAAAAGCAUCAAGGGUGGAGAUUAAUGAUGAGAAUAAACAAUUAAGAGAUCGCAAAUCUUCAUCCAGCAAAUCUAGUUGGGGAUCAUCAUCAAACCCUCGUUACGAUGCUAAGAGCUCAACACUUGGGUUCAAAGAACAAACUCCAGAUAGCAGAAAUGUGGCAAGGAUGACCGAAGCAGCGAGGAAGAAAACAAAAGAUUCUGACACGUCCAAGGCUUCUGUUUUUCGAGUUAAGGAGGUCUUUAAUUAUAGAAAGGGAGGUAUAAGUAAUGUUGCAAAGUCAGCUUCCCUAGGAGCUCUGAAAUCAAAGGUCCAGAACCAGACCCUUCGUGUAAAAGCGUUGGCAGACCAUAGAGGUAAUGAACUACACCCAUUACAUGGUACUGCAAAAGCUAAGGAGAAGGUGAGAGUCGGCGGGAACAACAAAUUGGUUGGCCCUGGAAAAGAAAACGUGACAGGAAAAGCUUCCCUGAGCUUGAAUUGCAGCAGCAGAGGGACUAAACUGAAUGUGCCACAAAAGGGUGACAAAACAUUGUUGGUUAGACAAAAGGGAAAAACCAGCAGUCCAACCAAGGGGAGGCAUUCAGCAAAUUUGAGUCAGAGGAGACACCUCCGAUAAACAAAGCAUUGCUGGACAGUACAUAUAUUGUAAACGUAAUUUCUCUCAGAGAAACGUUAAAUUUCAUCCCACUUCUGUUGCGUCCAUAUCAAACUUGCCAUAUUCAGGGGCAAAUUUUGUUA